AUGGUCAACGGAAGCCUAGAUGAUUGGUUGCAUCCAAAUCAAGAAGAGCUCGAGGCAUACGAGGAACCAAAAAAAUUAAGUCUUGUUCAGAGAUUGAAUGUUGCCAUGGAUGUUGCUUGUGCACUGGAUUAUCUCCACCACCGUUUCGAAACUUCAAUAAUUCAUUGUGAUCUGAAACUAAGCAAUGUUUUUUUGGAUGAUGACAUGAUUGCACAUGUAGGUGACUUUGGGAUAUCAAGAUUUCUUCUUGAUGCUAACUAUAACGAUAGUGGAAACCAAACCAAAUCUGUUGGAAUCAGAGGAUCCGUUGGUUAUAUGCCACCAGGUGCUCUGGCAGAGAGCUCGAAGGAACAUUGA